GCGGCGGCGGCGGCGGCGGCGGCGAUGGGGGUGGCGGGUCGGCGGGCGCUGCGGGCCGGGCUGGCGCUGGGAGCCCUGGCGCUGGUGCUGCAGGGGCUGCGGGGAUGGCUGGCUUCCAAGCGGUACGAGUUCAGCCCCGCCGAGAUCGCCCAGCUCGCCCGGCACCACGCGGGGCUGGACCAUGAGCUGGCCUUCUCCAAGAUCAUCGUGGAGCUACGGAAGAAGCACCCAGGCCACAUCCUGCCAGACGAGGACCUGCAGUGGGUGUUCGUGAAUGCAGGCGGGUGGAUGGGCUCUAUGUGCCUCCUGCACGCCUCGCUCACUGAGUAUGUGCUGCUCUUUGGGACAGCCGUCGACACUGGGGGCCACUCAGGUCGGUACUGGGCAGAUAUCUCCGACACCGUCAUCUCGGGUACCUUCCGGCAGUGGAAGGAGGGGACCACCAGAAGUGAGAUCUACUAUCCAGGGGACACCAUCGUGCACCAGGCGGGAGAGGCCACGUCGGUGCAGUGGAGCGCGGGCACCUGGAUGGUGGAGUACGGCCGGGGCUUCAUCCCCUCCACGCUUGCCUUCGCCCUGGCCGACACCCUCUUCAGCACUCAGGACUUCAUCACCCUCUUCUACACCCUUCGUGUCUAUGCCAAGGGCCUGCUCCUGGAAGCCAAUGCCUUCUUCAGCACCUGGGGCUGCUGAGCCUGGCUUGCCGGGGCACCCUGCUGGGCACAGCUGGCUCCUCUCCUCCAGCCUUCCUCCCUUUUCCACCUCCCCGAGCCCAGACUCCAGCAGAGGCAGCAGGACACCCCCUGUGCCUCCCCCAGAUAGCUCUG